AUGUUCUCUCCUUUCUGUUCUCCAGAGCCCCAUGCUGGCUUUAAGAUUGCUUUCAAUAUGUUUGAUGCAGACGGCAACCAGAUGGUGGACAAGAGGGAGUUCUUGGUGCUUCAGGAGAUCUUCCGGAAAAAAAAUGAAAAAAGAGGGAGGAAAGGAGAUGCGGAGAAGUCGGCACAGCUGAGUAUGCAGCUCUAUGGAUAUCAGGUUGCCCCCAUGAACAGCGUGCUAAAAAAAGACAGUCAGGAGUUUGUGGCGCGGAGUUACUGGGACGUUCUGAGGCGAGGCGCAAGUCAAGUCCUUUUUUCUGACCUGGCAGAGCGAGCAGAUGAGAGUAUCACAAUCGACACCACGCUAUUGGUCCAUUUCUUUGGGAAGAAAGGGAAGGCAGAGCUUACAUUUGAUGACUUCUACAGGUUUAUGGAUAACCUCCAAACAGAAAUGUUGGAAAUUGAGUUUCUGACUUACUCUAAAGGAAUGACCACCAUCAGUGAAGAAGACUUUGCCAAAAUCCUGCUUCGCUUCACCAAUGUGGAGAACAUCAGCGCCUACCUGGAGAAUGUCCGCCACUGUAUACCUGACGAGAAGGUAAACUACAUACAAGCACACUGUUUUUUCCAAGGAACACACACUAAAAAUACCUCAAAUCUAUAGGCGCUUUCACACCGGAGUACUUUCCUGGGAUUUCGCAUUCACACCAAAAAGAUCUGGAACUAGAACUUUUUUUUGCGAACCUUUUUACCCCAUUUUUAGUCCCCGCUAGAGAGCAGGGACUUUCCUGGGGAGAAAAAUGUUCCAAUUUCUGAUUGUCUGGGUGAAUUGUAGACCAUGCCCCGUAAAACGCCGCCAUUUUAUUUGCUUUAUUAGCAUUAUUAUCAUUAGCAUUAUCCCAGCGCACCAACGGAGAGACUAACUUAAAG